UUCUGGUCCGCCACCAUCCCGCUGUCAGUGCGGGACCUGGCGCAAGCCUUCCUGGGCCGCAACUGCGUUUGGGUGGACUGCACCGGCGGCGAGAGCAACCCCGUGCCCACGACCAUUACGCACAUGUUCAUCGACGCGCGGCCUCCUCACCGCAUCAUGCGAGAGUUCCAACCUGGCGACCAGGUGAUCACCAAGGGCGGAAGGAAGGGCAUCGUAGAGUUCCAGGUGGGGCGCCGGUGGCGGGUCCAGUUCGACGAUGGGGACCUGGUGCAGCGGAAGAUGCUGCAGAAGGGGCGGCUGCACCAUACGAGUUUGCGCAUCGACGGCGUCAAGAAGCAUAAGCUGGAGUUGCUGGGGCCCCAGCCCACGCGCCGGAAGGAAAGCAGCUGGGCAGCUGCAGUUUAG